UGUCCUAUAAAAUCCAGAAUUAAAGCAUUGUGCCAGUUUCCGUAGAUUUCAACAAUGACGAUUCACUACGACUCAAGUCCUCCUUGCAUACCGUUACAGCCUACGUGACGAGCAUGCCACGAUAACAUUUCAAUCCGCGCAUCCGAAGCUUUUUAGGCCAUCGUUGACGGACGCGUUCGAUAACCAGUGGUGAUCCAUCACCUCCGAGCUCUGCAAAGUGUUCAAGGCUUUAUUCAAGUCCAGCUACCCAUUUAACCACAAGAUAGUUUGGAUAUCUUGAUGGAGCUUGCACGAAUUCUUCUCGUUUUGACGGCCUUGGCCGUCAUUGGUAAUGAAGCAACACCGUUUAGGUUCCCAUUAAGGAUUCCGACUUCCUUUAGUUCAUGGUUACCGUUUACCUUCAACAUCACUAAGGAUAACACGGAUUUGGGUUCGAUUACCUUAAACAUCAAACCAAGAUUGGGUGGAGAUAUUCAGACAACCAAGAUAAAACGAGAAGUCCCAGUCGGAGUAAAAAGAUUUGAUGAAAAGAUCGGCCGUCUUAACAGCAAAGAAAGUCGUUUGUUUGGGCCGCUUACUGAAAGAUGGGAAUUGGGAAUUCCUUCCGGAGCUAGCCUUUCCGCGGGAAGUAUUGCAUCUAUGGCCGGGUUGAUAUGGACUCUUGUUGCAAAAAAUAUAAAGUAUAAGAAGGAACACGGAGAACUUGGCGGCAAAGAUCAAAAAGACGGCGGUAGAACAAAGGAAACUGUACAUAUCGCCCCGCCAGCUUCAUCGUAUGGAUCAUACAAUGUUCCGUCGUACGGUUCUGACUACAGUCUUCCACCUCAUAAGAAACCGGAAAAAGGAAUCGAUGGUUUUUUCAAAGGAUAUAAAGGCAUUAAAGAAAUGCAAGCACAGGCCAUGAAGGGACUUUCUAGGCUUGUAGGUCUGAAGGAUUUGAAUAAAGUAUUACACCCAGGUCAGAAGCCUAAAAAACUUAAAAUAAAGAAAAGGCCUGAGCAACAGCAGCAAUACUACGACCAACCUGUAUACCAAUCUUCCUACACCCCACAGGAAUAUUUGCCACAGCCGCAGUACGACCCUUCCUCUGUAUACGCCCCUCCUCCAGAACCUCCUGCUUAUGCAGUUCCUGUCUACGCCCCUGAACCAGCUCCUGUCUACGCCCCUGAACCAGCUCCAGUGUACGCUCCUGCCCCUGAACCAGCUCCUGUCUACGCCCCUGAACCAGCUACAGUGUACGCUCCUGCCCCUGAACCAGCUACAGUGUACGCUCCUGCCCCUGAACCAGCUCCAGUGUACGCCCCUGCACCUGCACCAGCUCCAGUGUACGCCCCUGCACCUGCACCAGCUCCAGUGUACGCCCCUGCACCUGCACCAGCUCCUACUUAUGCACGUGAGCAAGAUCCAGUUUACAUCCCCGCACCGGUGUAUGCUCCUCCUACAGUUGAUGCCACUGCUGAGAUGAACGUACUAGCUACUCCACCACACGAACCGCCUGCACAAUAUUCUCCCACGAAUAGUUUCCCCAAUACAGUCCCCACAUUCACACCUUUUUUGCGAGAAAUCCUUUCACAAAGUAAAGCUCAAACAUGGAAUGAAACUCCCCAUCUAGCUCACCAACCCGAUGUAUCUUCUCUUGAACUGGAGCAACCAGCAUCUGAUCCCGCAUCAGUUCCAGUUGCUCUAUUUCAUUUUAGUCCUACGCAAACACCGCCAACAUUUAUUUCGAUCCAAACUAACGGCUUCUUGCCAAUAUACCCUUCUCCUGUUGAUCCAUUACCUUUCAUGCCCUCAGCCAAUCACGAAGAAACUGCACAAUGGCCAAAAUCAGCCGGUGACGAACCGUCAUUUGGUGUUCCUCCUUUGUCCUCACCUUCGUCUCCUCUUCCUUCCAGAAGCGCUCGAAUUGAAGAUUCAGAACCCUUAGAUCCAUCUCUUUCCGUGACCGAAGUUAGUAACUCAAAGGUUAGCGGGCCGUUAGUUGAUACCGAGGUUGAUGAGUUGACGCAAUCCGAAGCGGAAGAUAGUCUCGUGCCAAGCUGAGCCCUGGACAACUCCUGCAUCCAUUGUUAGCGAUAGCUCUACCUCUUCUAUGUAACUUACGUAAAUCUUCUUUAGAUCCACGACUCUGAAAACUGCAAACAAUAAGUAAUUAUUAAGUUAUUUAUUUUAUUUGCAAUUGAUUAAGAGUUAGAGCACCUUGCAAUCUUAGCAGUUUCAUGUUUUUGGCUGGGCUUCCAAUACAUCUAAUAUGCAAAGAAAA